AUGUCUGGUCGCGGCAAAGGAGGCAAAGGACUCGGAAAGGGAGGCGCCAAGCGUCAAGAAGAUUCUGCGAGACAACAUCCAGGGCAUCACCAAGUCCAGCCUCCGCCUCUCGCCCGCCGAGGGCGGAGUCAAGCGUAUCUCUGGCCUCAUCUACGAGGAGCCCGCGGCGUCCUCAGUCCUUUGCGGCUGGAGUACGUGUCCGUGAGCGCAUGUCACGUCUACAAAACACCGAGGCAUCAGCAAGAGAAGACCGCUUCACUUGCUCAUGGACGUCGUCUACGUCUAACGGGCGCCUGCACGAGGCGAUGGGAGCGCACCUCGCGGACUUAUCGUGCUGCGGCUGAAGCUCUCCACCUUUUCUGCUUUUAUUUUUCUCGCUCUCACACGGCUCUUCUCAGAGCGCGCCACAAGCUUCCAAAUGAAUAG